CAUUUCCUGAUUGAAUGUGUAGCACAGAGAUUUCUUCGUAUCUCCCGUCUCGACCGUGAUUCUGAUACCUGCUUGGACCCAGAGAUUAGCGCGUGCUGCGUGCUGCGUGCUGCGUGCUGCGUGCUGCUUGGUAGCGCCUGACACCUUUCCCUACUGCUAAUAGGUAGCAGACGAUCCGAGACAUUUGAGAGAAGAAUCGACGGUAUCGGAGGUGACUUAGGUUGGAGCGAAACUCAACCGAGAUUUGUUGGAGCAAGUACAGGUCUUCCCGGCUUUUCGAGUUCUGAAAGGUUGCCGUGUGUGCGCACUAACUCCGGUCACACAAUCGGGUCGCGCCUCUUGGACGAUCGCGUUGACCUUUCAGGCGCGUACAGUGAUAGGUGCCACCGGCGCGACGGGCGCGACCGGCGGGAUUGACGCGAUGGGCUACUAAGCUUCUGGGAUUUGUUAGUUUAGUAGCAUCUAGCAACAUCUAGUAGCGUCCUUAGCGACUCCUAGCAUAUUGUAGCAGGCGAUUAGCUGGUCACAACCACACAUACAGUCACAUUCGCACGUGUCACGUGCUGCAAUUCCCAGCAUACGCUCGCGGCACGCCGCACCCUGCCAUUCUUUCGUUUCGUCCUCCACUUCCUCCACUUCCUCCACUUCCUCCUCUUCCUCUUCCCUCCUCUUCCUUCCUCGUCCUUCCUCUUCGCCGAAUCUUCCACGACCGCAAUUUAUCCGCCAUGGCUGCGCUCAGUCCCUCCUCCCCUCCCCGCCCCUCCCUCCCUCGCCUCCUCUCCCUCCUCCCUUCCUCCCUCCCAUCCUCCCUCCUCUUCCUCCUCCUCCUCCUCCUCGUCGUCUCCCCGCUCCCCUUCGCGCGCGGCGAGAUCUCCGACGCGCUGCUCGAGGCGGACAAGCGCGCGAUCGUCCUCUUCGACACGUUCGGGUUCGAAUCUAACGGCCACGUGGACAUGAACGUGACGUCCGUGGAGGUGCUGCUGCCGGAGAACGGCGCGCCGGCCGACAAGACGCUGAUGGGGUUCUUCCUGACCACGGCGGAGGAUGAGUUGGAGCUGCAGAACGACUUCCAGGCCGGCCACUGCGUGCUCGCCAACACGCACGUGCACCGCCUCUUCACGCUGCAGGACGUUUACUCGCAGCAGCAGGGACCAGACAGCCUUUUCACCUUCCGCUACUCGGUCCCCGACGCCCGAGAGUACUCGCUCUUCUUUGCCAACUGCCAGCCGCACGCGCGCGUCUCCCUCAACUGCUCCUUCGCGCUCUACAACGUCGCGCCCGGCGGCCGCAUCGACUACCUCCCGGGCGGCAAGACCCAGCUGCCCCUGCUCUACAGCGCCUUCUACCUCGCGUACAUGGUGGCCGGCAUCAUUUGGAUCUACUUGUGCCACAAGCACUGGGCGACAACCCACCGGAUCCACAUCCUCAUGGGGGUGCUGGUGCUGCUCAAGGCGUUCACAGUGCUGUCCCAGGCUGGGGAAUAUGCGUACAUCCGGGCGACGGGGGACCCGCAGGGGUGGAACAUUGCGUUCUACGUGUUCAGCUUCUUCCGGGGCAUCAUGCUGUUCACUGUGAUUGUGCUGAUCGGCACCGGGUGGUCGGUGCUGAAGCCGUACCUCCAGGACAAGGAGAAGAAGGUCAUCCUCAUCGUCAUCCCGCUGCAGGUGUUUGCCAACAUCGCGACAAUCAUUCUGGACGAGAGCGGGCCGUCGUCGCAGUCGUGGUUCACGUGGCGGGACAUCUUCCACCUGCUGGACAUCCUCUGCUGCUGCGCCGUCUUCUUCCCCAUCAUCUGGUCCAUCAAGCACCUCAGGGAGGCUGCUCAUUCGGACGGGAAAGCUGCUCGCAUCAUGGCCAAGCUGCAGCUCUUUAGGCACUUCUACGUGCUCGUGGUGUGUUACAUCUACUUCACGCGCAUUGUGGUGUACCUUUUGCGGUCCACCAUGCCGUAUCACUACGCGUGGACGGCGGAUCUGGCGGGGGAAGUGGUGACGCUGGUGUUUUACUGCGUUACGGGUUACCAGUUCCGGCCGAUGGAUGCGAACCCGUACUUCUCAGUGCAUGAUGACGAGGAGGCGGGCGGAAUAGAGAUGGAUAAGGCUGUGAGCAAACCACUAAAGGCAGGUGACGAUGAGGACGAUGAGUUUGAUCUGUGAGGCAUGGUUCAGGAUGCAGAAUGGAAUGGGGGACAGGAUGGAGGCUGGUGUGAAGGGAAGCUACCGUAAUGGAAGGUUUGGUUGGCAUUGCUUUAAUUGAAAAAUCCAUGUACUAUGGCUGGUUGUCACACGUGCUCGUGUCAGGCUGUGCCAGUGUGGUGGAAUGUACAACAAUUGUUGUGCUUGUUGAAAUCUUC